AUGAAUGUAACGGAUAGUAUUUUCGAUAAGUUGGCAGUAAACUACCAGACUACAACGUUUUCAAUUAAUACAAGUAAACCUCAAGUAAUUGUUAGAAAUGAUUACAACUUCUACUGUUUUCUGGGCUCUCAAGAUUAUUUGUACCCUUUCCAAGCAAUUAACUGUUUCAUCAAUCCUUUGUUAUCUCUCUUGGGGCUCUUUAUCAAUGGACUAUGUCUGAUCAUACUGACCAAAAGUGGACUCAGGAAGACGUCUAACAUUUUGCUUUUUGCACUAGUUUUGGCUGACUCCAUGAAUAUGUUUACAAACCUGGAUUUUGGCGACAAGAUUCGAUUAUUUGGACCAGUUAAGUCCAAACCUGGCUACUGCACAUUUGAGUACGAUACCACAAUGAACCAGUUUCUCUACGUCUCACAGCAAUUUUUUAUCUUUGUAGGAUUUUGGGGCCAAACAAUCAGCGUUUCGAUCCCGAUGAUUAUUACCAUCGAACGAAUAUUGGCUGUGUACUUUCCCGUGACGUUUACUAGGAUAGUCAACAUAAAAUCAGUUAUUGUAUCCUGUGGUAUAGCUUACAUCAUUUGGCUACCCUACGCCAUUGUCCAGACGUUUUACAGGCGAUUGGACUACAUCCAGCUGUCCAGCGGAAAUAAAGUUGCCUUUAUCACCAGCACCGAAUUUCUGAUUAAAAAUUUCAGCAUACUGUUUACGUUCGUAGCAUACGCCCUGGAAGCUUUGAUGUCAUGGGUGCCCAUCUGUUUUAUCAGUUUAGGCUGCGUUCUCAUCGGCAUCAAGGUCUAUGUUUCCAUCUCUCAUCGGCGGAAGCUGACCAACGUGAGCAAAAAGCACAACUGGUCACCCAGAACCACUCGGACUCUAGUGACCACAUGUCUUAUAUUCGUUAUCACCCACACCAUUACCGCACUGAUUAGCGUGCUUACAACAGUGGAUCUCAAAUCUCCAUUAUUGACUUUUCUAAUUGUGGAAAUAUCAGCGUUUCUCAACAUCCUUUGCUGUACCAGCAACUUCCUUGUCUAUUUCCUCUGUAAUGAUAAACUUAGUAAAAUAUUCUUUGAUUUGAUUCGUACAAGAAAAAAUAGCAACGUUUAG